AUGACUGACUUGAAUCAAAAUCCAGCUGCUGUUGCAAAUGGCGUCCGGUCUUCCCCUUCUCCCAACAUUCCCAAUGGCAAACCUGCAUCUCCUUUCGUGAAGGAGAGCAAUCCGAUGGGUGCCAAUGCCGCCCAGACCGUCAGCUCCAAAGAUCCGAAGGCUGCAGCAGCGGCUGCAAACGAUAUGCGGAAUGUGGUCAGAAGAAAGUUGACGGGUUAUGUUGGAUUUGCAAACUUGCCAAACCAAUGGCACCGCAAGAGUGUGAGGAAAGGCUUCAAUUUCAAUGUGAUGGUCGUGGGUGAAUCAGGAUUGGGUAAAUCGACAUUGGUCAACACUCUGUUCAACACCUCUCUUUACCCGCCACGUGAGCGUAAAGGACCCAGCUUGGACAUCAUCCCAAAGACCGUCUCCAUUCAGUCCAUCAGUGCCGACAUUGAGGAAAACGGAGUCCGUCUACGUUUGACUGUGGUUGAUACCCCUGGCUUUGGAGAUUUCGUCAACAACGAUGACUCGUGGAGACCGAUUGUGGAAAACAUUGAACAGCGAUUUGAUGCCUACCUCGAGGCCGAGAACAAGGUGAAUCGCAUGAACAUUGUGGACAACAGAGUCCAUGCCUGCGUCUACUUCAUCCAACCCACCGGUCACUCUCUGAAGCCUCUGGACAUUGAAGUCAUGCGCCGCCUCCACACAAAAGUCAACCUGAUCCCGGUCAUCGCAAAAGCCGAUACCUUGACUGACGAGGAGGUGGCGGCAUUCAAGCAAAGAAUCCUUGCCGAUAUUCAACAUCACUCGAUUCAGAUCUUCGAAGGCCCACGUUACGAGCUAGAUGACGAGGAGACGAUUGCCGAGAACCAGGAGAUCAUGUCGAAAGUGCCCUUUGCAGUCGUCGGCGCCAACUAUGAGGUGACCAACCCCGAAGGCCGCAAAGUGCGUGGUCGACGCUAUCCAUGGGGUAUAAUUGAGGUGGACAAUGAGGAACACUGUGACUUUGUCAAGUUGCGACAGAUGUUGAUCCGAACACACAUGGAAGAACUCAAGGAGCACACUAACAAUGCGCUCUACGAGAACUACCGGUCGGAUAAACUUAUCCAGAUGGGUGUGUCGCAAGAUCCUAGCGUGUUCAAGGAAGUCAAUCCCGCAGUGAAGCAAGAAGAGGAGAGAACUCUUCAUGAGCAGAAGCUUGCCAAGAUGGAAGCCGAAAUGAAGAUGGUGUUCCAGCAGAAGGUACAGGAAAAGGAAAGCAAACUACAGCAGAGCGAGGAGGAGUUGUUCGCUCGUCACCGCGAAAUGAAAGAGCAACUUGAACGACAACGGGCAGAGCUCGAGGAGAAGAAAGCUCGGAUUGAGCAGGGCCGGCCGAUUGAGAAAGAAGGCAAGAGAAAGGGAUUCUCGCUCCGAUAG